AUGACUGGUUCAUCGCCACCAUCCUCUACUUCCUCGUCGCCCUUUGUGGAUAUCCUUGACCAUGCCGCCUCAUUCCUCCGGGCCCUCAUUCGCCAUGCACUCGCACCCAGGGCUGCUCUGCACCACGAAGUGCCUUUCCCCCGUGGUCUCUCUCGUCGACUUAUCGACGACUGCUUCCAUGCGGCAUCCGUUAUAUUGGAAGCGUUCGAAAGGCGUUACCGCAUGAAGUGGAAGUUGCAGGAUUACGAGGCACAGCUGGGGGUGAAGCAGUCGGGAAGGAAUGAACUCCUUGAAGCUAGGCUCGCCGAAAUGUUUCCAUCGCUCUGGUCGCAGGGAAAGGACGGAUACCCCGUAGAGCAUCGCCCAGCUGUCGUACUCGAUAACGAUGGAGUCAUUCUGAUGGUUUACGCGCCAGGCGUCCUCAGGAAAGAUCGACAAGUCAUCAUCACCUCUGCCGUGGAGGAAUUGGGCAAGGCCAGCCCACCGACUGUUAAACUGAAAUCACAGACUUGGCGCACGGACACCGGGACUUUCAAGAACCCCGAGCUGUGCGAGAUUCCACCUGGUGUUGCGUGUUUCGCCCCAGCAUGGUGGGCUGUGGGCCACGAGAAAUCAUCGCUCCCCGGCCCAUCCACGCCCUUAAAAUCCAAAUCGGGGAUCAAGUUUGUCGACGAGAUGGAGGAAUCGUUGGCACUGGUUGGAGCCAUUCUCUCGGUGGUUCACCCCGAACUCUAUGAGAUCGGCUGCCAUGUUAUGAAUGAAAUGCGCGUGGCAGACGAGUCCCAAGUCAAGUAUCCCGAACAAGUCCACCGAGUUUUGAAAACAUGGGCUUCACCUUUUACCGCACUCUCUCUGAUCAUCAACCGCGAAACCAUUCAACACCGAGACACUAGCGGCCCACGAUAUGGGAUGGAUAUUCUCGUAACCGGAGGGAGGUAUGAAAAUGGAAGGUUUGAAACCCCCGGGUUGGGCCUGAGGUGGGCUUAUGACCCCGGAACCUUGGUUGCGCUAUUGGGGAAGAUCCUUCUUCAUGGUGUUGCACCAGUGAAUGGGGAGCGGUGGUGUCUUGCUCAUUUCUGGCGGGAACGCCUGGUUACUAACUCCAAUCGUUCAAUGCCAGCGCCACCGAUCCUCUCCCAGCUGCUGUCUCAACUGAAAACCCCGGAAGAGAGUGAGGAACUCGGUGCAUUUACGUGA